AUGCGCACAGUCAAUACUGCAUCCCGAACUCUGUCGGACCUUUUAGCAGGCGGUCCAGCAAAGAAGAGCCAGAAAGGGAUAGGCGAUCUUAUAAGGUCGUCUUGCAGCGCUCUAAGAGCUCUCAGAGAGCUCAGUCCUGGAGACGUUGACACCGAGCGUGCAGCCUCGAGUAUUGCUGGGAAGUUGGUCUCGCUUGAGAUGGACGACGCAGCUGUACAGAUUUUGGCCGACAUGCGACCGGCGCUGAGCACACUCUGCGCACCUAACGGCCUGCCGUCCACCGAACCUCUGCCUUCUCAGCUCCCAGCUCUGCCCCUUCCAUGCCAUGACGCUCAAAUACCGGAGACGGUUAUGGUUUUGGUAGCUACAUUCCUACUCCACUCCAUGUCUGUGCUAUCCCGGCGCACGGACGACGUAGCGGCGAUGCUCACAACACUACGCGACCCCUCUAUCCCGUCCCUAUUCCUUUGGGCGCCGACCUUCAAGGUUCUGCCUUCUAAACAUCACGACUCUCUGUUCACGCGCACAUAUACAGCCAUGGCGAAGGCAGCGUCUUUGCCCGGCGUUGCAAUGCAGCAUGCCUUCGGUCUACGGAUGUACGCUCUCGAAUGCCUCGCUCAGACGCGUCCUGGGGUCAUUGUUCCUGAGACGUUCUGGGAGCAAGCUGUUAAGUGGGCACGUUUCCAUGCCGCGGAGCCCGUCGCCGGCGACGAGUCGAGGACACAGGAUAUCCUGCAGUCAGUUCAGCGUCUGGUGCUCUCAAUUAGCCAGCGUGAAGACGACUCCUCUUUCAUCGGAAGCCCAGGCUUUUCAAGGUUCUGUGAAGUGUGGGUACUGUGGGCUCAGCAGAUGGGAGAUAUCGAAGCCAUCGACAGGAUCAUACAACUUCGGCAGAACAAGGGAUUUGAAAUGGAUUCCUCCCCAGCCUCUUCGAGUACUACUUUCGCGGACUCAGUAAUCAUGCCACACGCCAUGGAUGCAGCCACGGUAUGCAUGAUGUUGUCGCAAGCAACUGCUGUGUUCGAGCGAUGGGCAGAGUGCCUCCCUCAAGACCGUGCCGCUCGUUUUGACGCGGCAGCUGCGGCUGUCAGCAACGCUCACCCGCUAAUAUGCGAGUAUGCUGACGAGACACUGCGCGCACGAGACAAAGUCCGCCGGGCUCUGGAGCGACUGAGGAGGACGGUCAUCAAAGUACUCGAGCCCACAGCCCAAGAGAACGCUGCAAAUGCAUCUCUGCCAGAAGACGCCAGGGCUGGUGCGCGCAAAAUCUUGCAGCUGAUCAGUAAGAUUUUAAUGGACGCUGUGCGCGAGAAUAUCGAGAACGACGGCGUCACAGUGGUCGACUCCGAUCUCGCGACGCCUGCUUUGGAGACAUUACUCGUCCUUGCGCGCACCUCCUUAAUCAUCCGCAAUCCCGAUACGUACGUAACAGCCUGGGAUGCGCUUCAGCAAGCCAAGGCGCUCGUCUUUCAGCAUGUCGUCGGUUGCGGGUCGCGCGCUGCGACCACGACGGCGGAAGUGAUCCUUGACGUGAUCCGACACCCCCACGAGAAGAGCGCGCAUGACCAGGUUGGCUGGACGUCGGCGACCACGGCUACACUCGCCAACUACACCCGCUGUGUUGCCGGCGCGUUCCAUAACGUUGCGGGGACGCUCUGCCAGGCGGACCGCCUCUCGCAUGCGGUGAGGUUCUUGAAUGAAGGAUGUGCCUUGGGAAAACUAGCGUUGGCGAUGCACCAGACGGCUAUGGACGAUGUGAGCGAGGUUGGUGAAGAGGAGGGUGCACGCGACAGGGAAGGGUGGAAGCAGCUCGAGGAGCAGCUGUGGCACAGAUGGGAGAUUCUGGGUGUCUGUCAGGCAAAGACAGGUGACCGCAAGCUGGCAUUUGACGCAUUCAUAGAAGCGAUCAAGGUCCUCCCGUUGGAUCUGAGCUCUGUAUGCGACAGUCUCGGGACCUCUACCGCAUCUGCUAUUUUCGAGAUAUCUCCGUCUCUCCAGCAGCUGGGCAAGAUCUUGGACCGAGUCACGUACAUGGGUGCAUGCGAGCUCUUUUUCGAGCCCGAGGUCAUCUCCGCGAAGAGCUGGUACCCUGUUACGCCCAACGCUGGUUCCCGGUAUACGACCCACGCAAAACACAAAGCGUUCGUCGGCGCUCUGCUCGAACGGCAGGUUGCUGGACUGGAAGGGAGCAGAUGGAAGCAAGGCGUCGACCGGAUCGUGCAACAGUUGCUCCGCCACGCUCUUGCCGUCUACGAGGCAGCGCUCUUCCCCGUCAGACGCGCGAGGGUUUUCCUGCAACUACUGGAGGGCGCAUACUAUGUGACGGACGAGCGCGAUGGUGGUAAGGUCUUGGGCAUGUCUGCCGAAGACGUUGGCACUCAAGUACGGGCCCUGCUGAACUGUGAAGAUCCAGGCUGUGACGCAGGCUUUACCGAGAUCCGAACUGGGUUGCUCGCGACGCUGCAUCUAUGGCUCGCCCUGCAUGCUCACCGUUACAUGGCAGCGGAUGCCGGUUUCACGACUAUUGCUCGUCAUGCCAACGAAGCAUGUUCGAUACUGAAGAGCCUGAUCAAGUCUCCCAAGGAGCUGCGAGUCGCCACAAAGAAGCCGGCGAAGAGAACAGUAGCCACGUCGAAGCCCCGGAGCGGAAUCCCGAGAACAACCAGAAUGACGCGAGUGCAAAUCACGGAGCCACCAGUCACUCCCAAGCCUCGUAGAGCGUUAAACGACGUCUCAUUGAAUGCUACCGUCAAGGUGUCGCAGGAGGUAUUACCUGUCAAGCCAAAAUCUUCGACAACGAUCUUCGACAAUUUGCCCGCUGCUGUUGCCCUCAUCCAGAUGGUCGCACAGUUAUCCGGCAUGCUGGGUCAUAUUUUUGUCAAAGUGCAGUUGCUCAGUCUUGCAAGAAGAUUGAGCGAGCAAAAUGCUAGCGAUACAUCCCGAGAGUACCUGGUGACCUCAAUCGAGCUUGCAUACGAAUAUUCUCAAUUGGGGCGUGCAAACAAAGCACUCUCCAUAUACUCGCACGUUCUGCAAGCUGCGGGAAAAGAAUUCGACCCAGAGAUCCGCGCACUUCUGUAUCUGCGGCACGCUGAGUCGCUUGCCGCUGCGGGACAAGUGCUACAGAG